AUGAGGAUCCAAAGCAUCGCUCUCUUCCUCGGUCUAUGCACCGCAGUCCUGGCUGUUCCCCAUAAGCCACACAACGCAAGAUAUAUGGGGAAGGACUGGCAAGAGUCGUCAAGUUCCACUGCGACACCGACGCCGACGCCUUCGCCGACACCCCGACCAACUCCCAGGCCGACGCCCACUACACCCCCAGGCGACGACGAUGAUUCCGGGGAGUUCCCCUUCCCAUGGCCCACCGAGUGGCCACCGAUCUUCGACGACUUCCCGGACAUCGGAGGCAAUGACGAUUCAAGCUCCGGCGAUGUGCCUGAUAUGUCGAGGGCGAUGAGCGUCUUCGGAAGGGGUCGAAGUAGGCGGAUGGAUUCUACGCUUAAGACUUUAUUUGGUCUGUGUGGCGGAGGACAUUUUGUGUUGUCAUCGUGUCCUGCGUUGAAAGUCUAA